UAAGAUUUUUCUUUCUCGUGAGGGGUCUAGAAGCCAAUAAAAGCAACCUCUACCUUCAACACCACUCGAUCAUCGCAUUAUAUGCCUAAUAAUUGACCUGUGGUAUGGUUGCUUCUCCAGAUUUCAACUUUAUUGCACGUUUACAAAUUAAUUAAUUUAAUCAUCUUCCCCUUCACAUUUCUUGGUGUCAAGUUCUCAAGGAUUUUGGACAUUUGAUCCAUCACCAUCUUCUUAGAUCACUGCAAUGGCUUCUUCUGCUUGUGUGAACUUGAAAGCUAAUACCCAUUUUGCAAACUGUGAGAAAGGCUACUUUUUUCGUCAAGAAAAUGGCUUUCUAGGGGAAAGAAUAAAAGGUGGCUUGAACAACAGUGUCUUGGUCAUGAAUCAGUUGGAUAAAAGUUCGAGAAGCCAGAAGAGGGUGAAACAUGGUGUUGCAUCUGCUGUUCUCACUUCAAACAAUGCCAAAGAAUCCCUGACCUUGCAAGUGCCUUCAUUCCUGAGACGAAGGGCUGAUCCGAAAAAUGUUGUUUCCAUCAUACUGGGAGGAGGACCAGGGACACAACUCUUUCCUCUCACAAAACGUGCUGCCACACCUGCGGUUCCUGUUGGUGGAUGCUACAGGCUUAUAGACAUCCCUAUGAGCAACUGUCUCAACAGUGGCAUCAAUAAAAUAUUCGUGCUGACCCAGUUCAACUCUGCAUCUCUCAACCGUCACGUCGCCCGCACCUAUUUUGGAAAUGGAAUCAACUUUGGGGACGGGACUGUGGAGGUUCUGGCGGCUACUCAAACACCAGGAGAGGCGGGAAAGAAGUGGUUCCAAGGAACUGCAGAUGCUGUGAGACAAUUCACUUGGGUGUUUGAGGAAGUUAAGAAUACAAACGUUGAGAAUGUGUUGAUCUUGGCUGGAGAUCAUCUAUAUCGAAUGGAUUACAUGGACCUCAUUCAGAGUCACGUUGAUAGAAAUGCUGAUAUUACAGUUUCAUGUGCUGCUGUGGGUGACAGCCGUGCAUCAGAUUAUGGAUUGGUUAAAGUAGAGGACAGAGGCCGCAUCAUUCAAUUUUCAGAAAAACCAAAGGGUGAUGAUCUGAAAGCAAUGCAAGUAGAUACCUCUCUUCUUGGGCUGUCACCCCAAGAUGCAUCCAAGUCACCAUAUAUUGCAUCUAUGGGUGUUUAUGUAUUCAAGACAGAUGUUUUACUCAAUCUUCUGAAAUGGAGAUAUCCCACAUCCAAUGACUUCGGAUCUGAAAUCAUCCCUGCAGCUGUGAAAGACCACAACGUCCAAUCAUAUUUUUUCAGAGACUAUUGGGAAGACAUUGGAACAAUAAAGUCCUUUUACGAUGCUAACUUGGCUCUUACUGAAGAGAGUCACAAGUUUGAAUUUUAUGACCCCAAGACUCCCAUUUACACGUCUCCAGGAUUCCUUCCACCAACGAAGAUUGACAAAUGCCGGAUUGUGGAUGCCAUUAUCUCCCAUGGAUGUUUCCUGAGGGAAUGCACAGUCCAACACUCCAUUGUGGGUGAACGUUCACGUUUAGAUUAUGGUGUUGAGCUCCGGGACACUGUAAUGAUGGGAGCGGACUAUUACCAAACCGAAUCCGAAAUUGCUUCUCUGAUGGCAGAGGGGAAGGUCCCAAUUGGGAUUGGGAGCAAUACCAAAAUUAGGAAUUGUAUUAUUGACAAGAAUGCAAAGAUCGGGAAAGAUGUCAUCAUCAUAAACAAAGAUGGCGUUGAAGAAGCAGAGAGAGAAGAAGAAGGAUUCUACAUUCGAUCAGGAAUCACCAUCAUAAUGGAGAAGGCAACAAUAGAAGAUGGCACUGUGAUAUGAAUGGAUGGCGCUCAUUUGUGGGCUGGUUACCGAAAGGCGAUGGAAGAGGAAUAGUCCCAUGUUUGGGAAGGAAGGGGAAGCUGUUUGAAAUGCUGUGUUGGAUCGGAGAAAGCAGCACAACUCCACCCUAUUUGCUAUAUGAAAAAUAGAAGCUCCCCCCCACCACCAAUACAUGUAAAAAUAGAAUCAAUAAAAGAUGAAAAUGAAAUGCACGAGUAAAUAAAUUGAAGACAUUGAGUGGACACUUUUAA